AUGUCUUUGUUGUGGAUGAGCGAUGAACACCGUGGAACACAAUCAAACAUUCGAGCUAGUGUAAGGUUUCCUCUACUAUUCUAUGUAGUAAUAUUUAUAAUUGUUGUGUUCACUAUUAUUUCCUUUUUUUUCCAGACUAAUGCAAGGUUUCGAGUGCAUUAUCAUGCUUACAUUCAAGCAACUGCGGGAAUAAUCCCGUAUUUAGAAAUAGCAGGUUUUGCUAAUAUCGCAAAAAUAAAUAGUCUCAAAAUUGAAUCUAGCCUAAUUGUAGCUCUGUUAGAGAAAUGGAGACCAGAAGCACACACGUUUCAUUUUCCAACCGGUAAAUGCACGAUAACUUUAGAAGAUGUUAACAUGUUACUUAGUCUCCGAGUUAAUGGAAAAGCUAUUAAUUGUCCUACUGGAGUAACAAAUGAUGUUUACAUGGAGAACUUAGGGGUAGAACCUACAGCAGCGGAUAAAAGCAGAGGUUCCGUUAGGAUUAUUUGGCUAGAGAAUUUAUACGAAGUUUUAAAAAAUAACUCUGCCACAACCCAAGAACAUACUAUUUUACAAGCUAAAAUUUAUAUUUUACUUGUAAUUGCUACUAUUUUGUUUCCCGACAAUAGUCAAAAUAUUUUGCAUUCUUCUUGGAUUCCUUUCGUAGGGGAUCUAGAAAAAUGCAACACUUUUAGUUGGGGUUCUGCUUGUCUUGCAAAACUAUACAGAGAAAUGUGCAAGGCCGCGGUCAGAGAUGUCAGGAGCAUGAGUAGUUGUGUUUUACUACUCACUACUUGGACAUUCACGCGUAUACCCUUGGUUGCUCCUGUUAGUACAUUGCAACUGUCAUUUCCAUACGCUUAA